UCACCCUUCGUUUCCCUUUUCCAGUCUUUAUUUAACCAUCCAUCCAAAUUCACCGGAAAAUUUUGCGCUAUUAGGCUCCAAUGCUCAGCGCCGCCGCUGCCUCUGCCGCGGUAGCAUCUAUUCCGGCUUCCGUACUCGGCUGUGCAACUCAGUCGAGCUCAAGAAGAACGAUUAAACGUCACCGGAACAAUUGCCGUGCUGUUGCUGGAAACUUUGGGCAUUUCGUACAAGUUGUUAAGAAGGAUGUCGAUUUUCUUAAGAAGAAUAUCAGUGCAGGCAUCAAUUGGACGAGCGGAGUUAUUGGUUUUCCGGAGAUCUCGAAAAAGGUAGAUGAAUUUGUUUGGCUACGGAACCUCGAAGAUCCCCACUAUUCUGCUGAAGUUCAGUCUCCUUCUUGGCCUCAGCCUUAUUAUCCAGAACUCUCUGGCUCAGAUCUGAUAUGGGCCGAUCUUAAAGCCUUAGAGGCAUAUAUAAUCUAUUAUUACCAUUUAUCUAAAAUGUGGUCAAAGCCGCUUCCAGAAGUUUUCGAUGCACAAGAAGCUGACGACUAUUUCAAAUGCCGGCCUCAUGUAGUGGCCCUUAGACUUAUUGAGGUUUUUGGCUCCUUUGCUUCAGCUGCAAUCAGAAUUAGAAUAGCAGGAAUUAAAAGGUCAAAAAACACAAAUGCGGGCACAGAGGCUGAUGAGUACAAUUCCCAGUACAAUUUUGGGAUGGUGUUGAAAGAAACAAUGUUAAACUUGGGUCCUACUUUUAUCAAAGUUGGCCAGUCUCUUUCCACAAGGCCAGAUGUUAUUGGCUUUCAAGUAUCUAAGGCUUUGAGUGAGCUUCAUGAUCAAAUUCCUCCUUUUCCCCGGUCUUUAGCCAUUAAAAUCAUAGAGGAAGAAUUAGGCGCCCCCGUGGAAACAUUCUUCAGUUACAUCUCUGAGGAAGCAAUAGCUGCAGCAUCAUUUGGUCAGGUCUACAGGGCAAAUACGGUAGAUGGUCUUGAUGUUGCCGUGAAAGUUCAACGACCUAAUCUGCGACAUGUAGUGUUUCGGGAUAUCUAUAUCAUGCGAGUUGGGCUGGACCUUUUGCAACAAGUGACUAAAAGGAAAAGUGAUCUACGUCUUUAUGCUGAUGAGCUCGGGAAAGGGUUGGUGGGAGAGUUGGACUAUACUUUGGAGGCUGCAAAUGCUGCAGAAUUUAUGGAAGCUCAUUCUCUCUUCUCCUUUAUUCGUGUUCCAAAAGUGUUCCAGCAUCUGACUCAAAAGAGGGUCCUAACUAUGGAGUGGAUGGCUGGUGAGAGUCCAAAAGAAUUACUCUCCAUGUGCAGUAGCAAUUUUGAACAUGAAUCUCAAUAUUCAGAGAAGCAGCGAAUCGAUGCUAAGAGGCAUCUUCUUGAUCUGGUUAACAAAGGAGUUGAAGCAUGUCUAGUUCAACUCAUUGAAACUGGCUUAUUGCAUGCUGAUCCACAUCCUGGAAAUAUGCUCUAUUUACCAUCUGGACAAAUAGGGUUUCUUGAUUUUGGACUAAUCUGUCGAAUGGAAAAGAAACAUAAGUUUGCCAUGCUUGCAUCAAUUAUCCACAUCGUAAAUGCUGACUGGGCAUCCCUUGUUGAAUCUCUUGCUGAAAUGGAUGUCGUGAGGCCUGGAACCAAUAUCUCACGAGUUACCAUGGAAAUGGAAAAUUCCAUGGAUGAGAUAGAAUUGAAGGACGGAAUCCCUGAUAUCAGAUUUAGUCGGGUGCUGGGUAAAGUGUGGGCGAUAGCCCUAAAGUAUCAUUUCCGCAUGCCACCAUAUUAUACUCUUUUGCUACGUUCUCUUGCUUCCUUUGAAGGGUUAGCAAUGGCCGGAGAUCCAAAUUUUAAGACUUUUGAGGAUUCAUACCCAUAUGUUGUUCGUAAACUUCUCACUGAUAACUCACUUGACACAAGGAAGAUUCUGCACUCGGUUGUGCUAAACAAGAAAAAGGAACUUCGAUGGGAGAAGGUUGCUUUUUUCUUGAGAAUCGGGGCAACAAGCAAAGGAUUGCACCUGGCAGCAACAAGCAGGACUUCUACCGAAUAUUCCUUCAAUGGACCAUCAAGGGUAUCGGAUACAAUAAACUUAGUUCUUAAACUUCUACUAUCGAAAGAUGGUGUUGUGGUGAGACGACUGUUGAUGACCGCUGAUGGAGCUUCACUGAUCCGGGGCAUUGUUUCCAAGGAAGCCGGUCCUUUCCGUCAACAACUCUGCAGAAUGAUUGCAGAUGUUGUAUACCAGUCGAUAUGUGCAGCUUUAGGUAACACCUUCAUGAUCGCCAGAAAUCGUGCCAUUUACCGAUCAUCUUCAACACUUGCCAUCGACUACCAGUCCCUAGUGAGAAACCGACGACUCAAAGUCAUUUUGCUCAAGGUCUUGGAAUCUGGAAGAAAAGAUCCGAUACUGAUGAUGCGGUUAUGUUGGGUUAGUUUCGUGACGCUUAUUGCAGCGUCCGCUUUGGCUUGUCACCGCGUGUUGAUUUCUUUAUCUGAAGAUUUUUUGGAUCGUUUGUCGUUGGCUUCUAAGAAACUUGCGGUAAGUACCUGACAUCAACAAUUGGAAUGGAGAAUUAAAUUACAGAGCGAUUCUAGUUCUGAGAAAUUGUAGUGGUGCCAAUUGUUGCAUUCACAAGUUCAUGUAUGCUAGAAAUUGUAUCUCUGUGGCUAAUGUAUAGGUAUACAUAGCUUGUAAAAGUACAAAUAUUCUGCAAUAAGUUCUUUUAUUAUAAA